GUCUCAGUAUUAGUUUAGGUAUACCUGAUUUUAAAAUAUGCUAAGUUUCUAUAAAACGGGUUUAAUAUUGGUUUUUUUCUCAUUGUCAUUGGGUGAGGGUGUUCGCCUGCGAAACAAUGGCCAAUUUCCAAGAACAUUUCUUUUCGGAGCAGCCACAGCUUCAUACCAAAUAGAAGGGGCUUGGAGAGAAGACGGAAAAGGCUUAAGUAUCUGGGAUGAAUUUACUCACAGAGUACCUUCCCCAAUCUCAAAUAAUGACACAGGAAAUAUAGCUUGCGAUUCUUAUCACAGGUGGAAAGAAGAUGUCCAUUUAACGGCUAGUCUUGGUGUUCAGUAUUAUCGAUUUUCUGUCUCUUGGACAAGACUUUUUCCAAAUGGUUACGUCGACAAAAUUAACGAAAAAGGUUUGAGAUACUACAACAACUUAAUACAAGAAAUUUUAAGAUGCGGAUUGAUCCCAGUAGUAACACUUUUUCACUGGGAUCUUCCUUUGAAAUUAUUUUAUGAUGGUUUAUCUUGGACAAACCCAGAGCUUAUAGACCAUUAUGUUAAUUUCACUAGAGUUGUCAUUCAAAAUUUUCCUCAAGUUGGUAGAUGGAUAACCAUUAACGAACCAAGAAUACUUUGCCGGUUCUCAUAUGGUGAAGGUAUUCUGGCCCCUGGAAUUAAAGAAAGUGGAAUAUUGGACUACCAAUGUUCUUAUGUUAUACUUAAAGCUCAUGCUGCAGUAUAUCGCAUGUACAAGAAGGAAUUUCCAAAUUAUAAAGCACCAAUGUCAAUUGUAAUGGACUGCCAGUGGUAUGAGCCUGAAACCAAAGAUCCUGAAGAUGUAGCAGCAGCAGAAAGACAGCAGCAAUUUGAGUGCGGCAUGUACUACCAUCCGAUAUUUAAUGGAGACUGGCCGCCAGUAGUUAAGGCUCGGGUAGCUGAAAGGAGUAAAAAAGAAGGUUAUAAGAAAACUCGCCUUCCACAAUUCACUUCAGAAGAAAUAAAGUUUAUAAAAGGAACUCACGAUUACUUAGCAAUAAACCACUAUUUUACAUUCUUGGCAGGAGAAGAGCCAGAAGCACCAUAUACUGAAACUCAUUACGAAAAUGAUGUUCGCGUAAUAAACUCCAGAAUGCCGAAUUGGGAGCUGGGAUCUAAUUCUUGGGCUAUUGUUCCUUGGGGAGCUAGAAAGGUAUUAAAUUGGAUCAAGCAACAAUAUGGAGAUCAAGAUAUAUUAAUUACAGAACUAGGAGUAGCAGAUGAUGGAACGUCUUUAGAAGAUGAUGAAAGAAUUGAUUUUUAUUCAGAUUAUUUUUGUGAAAUUUUAGAAGCAAUUCAAAUAGAUCACAUCAAAAUUAUUGGAGUGUCAGUUUGGAGUUUAAUGGAUAAUUUUGAAUGGUCAUCUGGCUAUACUGUUCACUUUGGAUUCUACAAUAUAGAUUUUUAUAACGAUCCAACUUUGAAAAGACGACCCAAGAAAUCAGUAGGCUUUUUCCAAAAACUAAACAAAAGGAGACAACUCGACUGUUCAAGUUACAACAGAGAAUGGCCUGCUCCAAGUUGGGGACCACAUGGAAAACCACACUUUAGUUAUCAAUUUAGACACAAUUAA